AGUCACAGACGUCAACUGUCAGCCUCGGGCAGCUGCCACGCAAUCGUUCUCCUCAUCAGUACCGACCCAGCUGUUGACUCCUCAUUUCUUUUCCCAGGAAAAAUAAUCCUUCUUUAAAAAUCUUCCUGAAUCCCUGAUUCUGGGAGAUCGAGGAGAAAGAUACCCCAUUUGAGAGACCGAUAAAGAGAACUUUCUCACUUUCAUUAUGGCUUGGUUCAGAAGCCUAAUCCGAGUUUCGGCCGUCCAACCCAGAAACGCAGUUUCCAGCCCAUUUUCCUUGACCUCCACACUGCUUUCUCUCAGAUAUUUGAGCGGUGAAGCGAGCAAUCAACCUCAAGACCCACGGCCAGUGCCGAUCCAGUACUCCGGCCUUGCACCCACCAGGCCGGGCGAGAAGCCGAGGGUUGUGGUUCUGGGUUCCGGGUGGGCCGGGUGCCGGCUCAUGAAGGGUCUCGAUACGGAGCUCUACGACGUCGUGUGCGUCUCGCCGCGGAACCACAUGGUAUUCACUCCUCUCUUGGCCUCCACCUGCGUCGGGACCCUCGAGUUCAGGUCCGUCGCCGAGCCCAUCGCCAGGAUCCAACCCGCCAUCUCCCGCGAACCCGGGUCGUACUUCUUCUUGGCCAACUGUACAGGCAUCGAUGCCGAUAAGCAUUUGGUGCACUGUGAGACUGUUACUGAUGUACCAGACACCUUGGAUCCUUGGAAGUUUAAGAUCGCUUAUGACAAGUUGGUAAUUGCUUUGGGGGCACAGCCCUUAACUUUUGGAAUCCAGGGGGUUAAUGAACAUGCUAUUUUCCUCCGGGAAGUUCACCAUGCCCAGGAAAUUCGUCGGAAGCUACUCCUAAACUUGAUGCUGUCUGAUGUGCCUGGUAUUUCAGAAGGAGAGAAAAGCAGGCUUCUACACUGUGUGGUUGUUGGGGGUGGUCCCACAGGAGUUGAAUUCAGUGGUGAACUUAGUGAUUUCAUAAAGAAUGAUGUCCACGAAAGAUAUGCGCAUGUGAAAGACUAUAUACACGUUACUUUGAUUGAGGCAAACGAGAUCUUAUCUUCCUUUGAUGAUCGCCUUCGACAGUAUGCUACUAAGCAGUUGACAAAGUCAGGGGUUCGUCUUAUCCGUGGGAUUGUCAAGGAUGUUAAAGCUCAGAAGUUAAUUCUUAAUGAUGGAACAGAGGUUCCGUAUGGACUGUUAGUAUGGUCUACAGGUGUUGGUCCCUCUUCUCUUGUCAACUCUUUGGAAAUUCCGAAAUCUCCAGGUGGACGGAUUGGUAUUGAUGAGUGGCUCCGUGUUCCUUCCGUGGAGGAUGUGUUUGCAAUUGGGGAUUGCAGUGGGUUUGUUGAAAGUACUGGAAAACCAGCCCUUCCAGCUUUGGCCCAGGUUGCAGAGCGGCAAGGGAAAUAUCUGUCGCAUCUACUAAAUAAAAUUGGUAAAGCUAAUGGUGGGCAUGCAAGCUCUUGGAAUGGCGUGGAACUUGGGGAGCCUUUUGUUUACAAGCAUCUGGGAAGCAUGGCAACGAUUGGCAGAUACAAGGCUCUUGUUGAUCUCAGGCAGAGCAAGGAAGCAAAAGGAUUAUCCAUGGCAGGAUUUGUGAGUUGGUUCAUUUGGCGCUCAGCAUAUCUGACACGGGUUCUAAGCUGGAGGAACAGAUUUUAUGUGGCAAUCAACUGGCUCACAACCCUCGUGUUUGGUCGUGAUAUUAGCAGAAUCUAGAUUAAGAAAUACAGGUGCCUACUUUUGUCUCUCUGUGCUCCUGCAGGCUGGAUGAUCGGUUUGCUUAGUUUUGCAACUCAAAAUGAUAUUUUUUUUACUACUUGCAGGUCACCAGCUAUGAUUUUCUGUGGUGAUUUGAUGAGCAUACUGCAAUUAAUUAAA